AAUUAAAUUAUGGGCAGAGGUGAUUUCAAUAGCAGAGGUGGAGGAAGAGGUGCCCCAAGAGGUGGCAGUUUUAGUAGAGGAGGUGGAAGAGGUGGAAGACCUCAAUAACCUUAAGGACCACCAGCAAAAGUUGAACCAUUCGCUACUUAUUCUCAUGUUUGUGGAAAUCAAAUAAUUGUUAAGGCUUUAGGAAAGCAAUUAGUAUAGAAGAUGAUGAUUAUUAGGUUCCAAGAUUCUUUAGAAGUGUAUAUUUUGAAAAUAAGCAACCAAUCGGUAAAGUCGAUGAAAUAUUUGGUCCAAUUGAAAAUUAUUUAUUCUCAGUAACAUUGGAAGAAGGAAUAACUCCAAAAUCAGUACUCAAAACAUUUAAUCAAAGUUCAAAUAAGAUCAAUUGAUUUAUAUGGAUGCAUACGAUUGCAUGCCUAUGGAUAGAUUUUUACCAAAGCCAAAAGGUACACCUGGAAUAAGUAGAGGAGGAGCCAGAGGAGGAUCAAGAGGUGGUGGUAGAGGAGGACCUAGUAGAGGUGGAAGAGGAGGAGCACCUUUUAGAGGUGGAAGAGGAGGACCAAGAGAUGGUGGAAGAGGAGGACCAAGAGGAGGUGGAUUUAGUAGAGGAGGCGGAUAUUAAAGAGGAGGAGGCUAUGGAAGAGGAGGAUUUAAAUAAUGA